AAAACCGUUAACAAUCACAGACCGGUUAAAUGUACUUAAUCAAAAUGUAGACAAUGAAAGCAUUAGUGAAAAUAGUCAUGAGUUUGAACAAAAAGUGUCCUCUGACACAAAUGUGGCUCAUGUCAAACUACGAGUUACUGCAGAGAAGUCUAUGUUUCAGUCUGCAUUAGGUGGAAUUAUUUCCUGUCUUGGUAGUGCAGUAGGAACAGGAAAUAUUUGGAGAUUCCCUCGUAUUUUGGCAUCACAUAGUUAUUCUACCGGUGCAUUAACAUUUUAUAUAGUAUGGCUUAUUAUCCUAUUUUUAUGGUCCAUACCAAUUAUAAUAGUCGAAUAUUCAAUUGGUAGAUUUACUAGAAACUCUGUUACAUUAGCAUUCUGCAAAUUUUUUGGGCAAAAAUUUUUCUGGUUAGGAGGAUGGAUGGUUGCAGUAGUUUUCUUUGUAAGUGGUUAUUAUCCAGUUAUACUUGGAUGGUGUUUAUACUACCUUUACUUAUCGUGUACUCUUCCGUCACUACCAACUACUGAACAGGCUGGUUUAGAAAUUUUCACCAACUACACACAGCAUUCAUACUGGCCAGUAUUCACUCAAAUUCUAGCGGUUACACUCAGUGGUAUUUGUUUAUUAGGUGGAAUCAAAUGGAUUGAAAGAGUCAAUAUGGUUCUAGUUCCAUUGCUUUUGUCGAUUGUGGUUUUUACAUUUGGUUGGUCAUUAACAAGACAAUAUGCUGAAGUUGGCAUUGUGUUUCUUUUCACACCAUCAUGGAAAAGCUUUUUAGACCCCAGUAUGUGGAUCGCAGCGGCCGGUCAAAAUGCAUUCGAUACUAACGCUGGUAUGGCUGUUCUGGCAACUUACUCUACUUUUAUGUCACGGGACUCAAGGAUAGUUUCGUAUAGUUUCCUUAUUCCUAUUGUCAACAAUGUCGUUAGCUUCUUCGCAUCAAUUACAAUCUUUUCGACUGUAUUUUCAACAAUCAUACAAACAAAUCCGACAGCUACCCGUUCAGCUAUUGUAAGGAUUAUAAAGACUGCUGGGCCUGGUAGCACAGGACUUACUUUCACCUGGAUACCUGUACUAUUUUCAAAAGUUGGUAUAUUUGGUCGAGUUUUAUGUGCCUUAUUCUUUUUAUGUCUUGUAUUUGCUGGAAUUAGUUCAUUAUUAUCAUUAACUCAAGUACAUGUUCUUGCUAUGAAAGAUUUUAACGUACCACAUCGACUAGCAGUUGGAAUUGCUUUAUUAGCUUCAAUGAUUAUUGGUCUUCCAUCUGCAAUUAAACUGGAGUUUCUUACAAAUCAAGAUAAUACAUGGGGCUAUGGUCUUAUAGUAUCUGGAUUUUUAUUCUGUCUAGUUGUUAUUGUUUACGGACCGAAUCGAUACAGACGUGUUCUAAUAAAUGACUAUGGAAUAAAUGAUUGUAACUUGAGUGUUAUUUGGAUUCCAGUAAUUGCUGUUUUGGUGCCUUUACAAUCAAUCAUAUUAAUUAUAUGGUGGAUAUAUGAAUCUGUCACAACAGAUCCAACUUGGUAUAUUUUAACUUGGGAUACUUUAUCGACAACGUUAUUAGAAUAGUAUCGUGAAGAAUGCCAACCCAAUCACGCUUGAUAGAAAAGCUCUGCAAAACCUGGAAUCCUUCGCGUACUUGGACAGCAUCAACGAUGAACAAGAAGGAUAGGAUGCAGACGUAAAGGCGAGGAUUGGCAAAACAAGGACAGCAUUCCUAUAUUCGAAAAACAUAUGGAACUCAAAACAACCAUCAACCAAUAUCAAAAUGAGAAUCUUCAAUACGAACGUCAAGAUAGUUCCACUGUACGGAGCUGAAACUUGGAGAACCACUACUACCAUCAUCAAGAAGGUGCAAGUAUUUAUAUAUAGCUGUCUACGCAAGAUACUCAACAUCCAUUGGCCGGAUGCCAUCAGCAACAGCAUUCUGUUUGAGAGGACAAACCAGCUUCCAGCUGAAGAUGAAAUUAGGAAAAAACGUUGGAAGUGGAUAGGACAUACAUUACGGAAAUCACCAAACUGCAAUACGAGGCAAGCCCCAACUAGGAAUUCUGAAGGGAAGUGAAAAAGAAGACGAAAGAACAUAUUACGUCAAUAAAUAGAAGCGGAUAUGAAAAGGAUGAAUGACAACUGGAAAGAGCUGUAAAGAACUGGUUAGGACAGAGUUGGAUGGUGAGUGCUGGUUGGCGGCCUAUGCUCCUCUACUAGGAGUAACAGGAGUAAUGGUUAAUUUUACUGAUUGGUCUAUUGAUAUUAAAUUGGAUUCUAUAUCGAACAAACUUAUUGAGUGGAGCUCUAAAAAGAUCUCAUGGUUGUGAUCCAUACAAUCCAUCUACUUAUGUUAAUAAAGAUGAUUUUCAAGGUGAUGAAAUUGAUGUAGAAGAAAUGAAUGUAUUUAACUCAAGUAAUACUGUGCAAACACGCCUUUAAAAGAAAUAUUCCAUAUAACAAUAAAUAUUUCUUUUACUUUAAACUGUAAUUAUAAGUAUUUCCUGAAUUUGUUUUCAUUAAUAAAUAGUUUGAAACUUUAUUUUUCCAUCAUUUGUACCAUUAACAUUCAGAUUUAUAAAAAAAUGAUAAUACAUGA